GUUUGCGCAAAAAUUUUUCACAUUUUUUCAAUUUUCCUCAGCGAAUGAGCUAAAUAUAGAUUUUUCUUCUUAAUUCAUUUAGAAAGAUAAAAAAGAAAGGAAAAAAUGAAACUGUGGCAUGCUAAGGUUAUAGCGCUUUUUGUUAUUUGCACAACACAAGCGAUAUUCGUUCAUUUGCCUAUUAAAAUUGCUCCAUAUUUUUAUAAAAAGGGGCAAAAAGGACAAAAGCUUAUUCAAUUUUUUCAAUGUUUUGCCGGAGGUAUUUUCUUUGGAAUUUAUUUGCUUCAUAUGGCGCCAGAAGUUAGAGAACUGUUGGAAGAACAACUUCUAGACAAGCAUAAUAUUGAUUAUCCUAUUCCGGAAGUAAUUAUGGGAGGUGGUUUCUUUUUUGUCCUGUUCUUAGAAAAGUUUGUUCAUGUUAUAUAUUUUCGGUCGCAAAAGAACAAACAGGUAUCGUCGAUUGAACAGAGUCAGCAGGAUGUUGAAAAGGAACCAAACGGAAGCAUGGUAAUGACGACUCACGGUCAAGAAAAUCAUACAGAUGUUACUCACGAUCAUACUCAUGCAGUUCAACCAGCUCAUUCUCAUGUACACUUCAGAUCGAUUCUUUUCCUUUUGGCUUUAUCUCUUCAUUGCGUUUUUGAAGGUAUUGCAGUUGGUCUUAAGAAGACUGAAAAAGGAGUAUGGACUAUGAUGGCAGCCAUUUGCGCUCAUGAAAUUGUCGUCUCUUUUUGUCUUGGUUUAAAUCUCUAUAAAACCUAUAAAGAUAACAUAAAAAGAUUUGUCCUGUGUGGUAUAAUCUAUUCUAUAGAUUCACCAAUUGGAGUUGCAAUUGGUACCAUUAUCACAAGCACUGGCGGAAAUCCAGAUAAAGUUGAUCUAAUUAACGGAAUUCUUCAGGGUAUCGCAGCUGGAACUUUUAUCUAUGUUACAUUUUUCGAAAUCCUAUACGGAAACCUCAAUCACGAUACACCGUUAGUUAUGCUACUAGCAAUGCUUGUCGGUUUUGGAGUUAUGUGCGGAUUAAAAGCAAUUCCAGAAGGUGACGAGCCCGACACACCUGCAAAUGCAACUGUAAAAGCUCUUUUCAAUAUGGACAACUCACUUUACAAAUUACAAUUAUAGUUUUCUUUUUUUUUUUUAAAAAGAAAAAGAAUAAUUCUAAUUCUCUAUUAAUUAUUUAGGUCAAUUUUGUAAAUAUUUUACUAUAUUUAUUUAUAUA